AUGCGACGAGGGAAGCAAGAUAACAUCAUGAUAGUUGGAAUCAUUUUGCCUCUCUUGCUGGUCGCUUUGCAGGCAUCACUGACAGAACUGUCCUGCUCGUCAUGCAGAGUUUUCACCCAGACCAUGGAAGCUCAGGCUGAGAAGGAAAUACUCCUAGAAAUAGCCAAACAGAACAUCCUGAAAAAACUUCACUUGCAUCAUCGGCCAAACAUCUUAAACACAGUUUCUAAGGAUAAUCUGGAACAGGCUCUGCAGCAGCUGAGAAUCAACUUGGAUAAGGACCUGUCAGGAGAAUUGCCAGCAGAAAAUGAUGUAGAAGACAAAGAUGUAGACCAUGGUCAAAGUUAUGAAAUGAUCAGCUUUGCUGGAAUAGAUAGCUUCCAAGAUGUUCCAUUUGUUCUUCACUUCCAUCUCUCUGCUGACAAAGACAAGCAUGAGGAGAUAUAUCAGGCAUAUUUAUGGCUUCAUCUGAAAAGAACUUUUCGCAAUAAGAUGACAAUUUCAGUGACUAGUAAACAGCAGCCGGGUGACCAGUCAGCAGAAGGAGACACAAUCAACGUGAAGGUGAAUAAAGCAGGAUGGUUUAGGGUGUAUCUGCCAAUGCUCACAGGUAAAGCUUUAUCAGUGGGAAAAGAAAAUAUAUACCUGGAAUUGAAGUGUCAGGAAUGCCAGAAUCUAUUGAUGAUGGAUAACGUCAUUCAUGGUCGUCUCCCAUUCCUGGCCCUAAAAGUGCGCAACAAACAAGAGGAAUCCCGAACUCGAAGACAUGUUACUGAAUGCACUGGUGACAUAGAUAUUUGUUGCCGCAAGAGGUUUUAUAUUUCUUUUAAAGAUAUAGGCUGGAGUGACUGGAUCAUUAGCCCAAAGGGGUACAAUAUGGACCUUUGUGAAGGCAGGUGUCCUGUCCACCUGGCCAGAGCACCAGGGAUUUCAGCAUCUAGUCACACUGCUGUCUUCAGCCUCAUAAAGGCAAACAACAUAUAUUCCAAUCUCAGCCUUUGUUGUGUGCCAACAAAGCGAAGAAGUCUAUCCAUUCUCUACUUUGAUGUAAAUAACACCAUUGUCAAGGCAGACAUUCCCGAUAUGAUAGUGGAGAGCUGUGGCUGUACUUGA